UUUUGAGCAGCUAUGGAGAGCCUUGGCAGGAUUGUUUAUAUUAGAUUUUUUCCUGACAAAUGCAUCCCCGUACACAUACUCCUAAAGUUUUAUCGGUUUGGGGAUUAUGGAGAGAGAGGGGUUUCUGGGAAUGAAGGAAACUAGUGCCGAAUUAUACCGUACUUCGCCGACGAGAUCAGUGCCGAUUUUUCCUCCGCCGUCUUCUGCCGUUGCCGUCGGUGCUAACGGUGGUUUAAAUUACAUAGUCCACACCGUGUCUAAGUACGACACGCUUGCCGGCGUCGCCAUCAAAUACGGUGUCGAGGUUGCUGAUAUAAAAAGGCUAAAUGGAUUGGUGACAGAUCUCCAAAUGUUUGCCCUUAAGACAAUUCAAAUCCCACUUCCUGGGAGGCAUCCCCCUUCGCCUGUCUUGUCAAAUGGCCACAAGACUCCUCCGCGGCCAAGCAAUACUCAACAGACAUUAUCAAGUCGUAGACACUCAGAUUUAUUUGAUUCAUUUUCAUCAUUGAAAUUGAAAUCUGCUUCCGAAAAGAAAGUCUCUCCAUCCAUGAGCAGGAUGCAAGAUUAUUAUGGAAUUAAAUCAGCACACAUAAAAGAUGCUGGAGAAGGCUGUGAAAUGGCAACAUACAAAAAAGGGGGAGCUCAUUAUCUAGAGGAUGGGCCACUUCUUAAAUCAUCUAUUUCUAACCCACCACUUAGCCAUUAUAGAAAGUCAAAAAGUGCAGCUGAUUGUUUAGAUUCAGAGAAUGGCAGUCUCAUUGAUCAAGAUAUCUUACAAGGAGCUGAAAGUAAUGGCUCAGCCAAAUGGAUUGAUAAGUUGGUAAGACGCCGUCAAAAGUCUGAUGCUGAUUUUACUUCAGAAAAGCUUUUGAAGGAGGAAAACAAUAGUGGUACUGCAAUUUCAGCUAUUACAGGCAAAGGCUUGGCUCUCAGGCCCAAGUCAGCUGGCCGUACAGCGUCACUCGAAGCUGAUGGUGAAGUAGGAGGGUUUAACCCCAUUCCUGUAGGGUUGGGGGAUUCCUUCCUAAAUGAUGACAUUAAUGGGGUAAAGAAGUCGCCAAGUGUAUUGAGUUUGCAGGAUUCAGACAACGGUGCCUUGUCAUCCAUAUGGCCGACAUCAAAGUGGAGUUUGAAGCAAGAUUUUCAGGCUCUUUCUGCUGCAGCCAUGACUAGCCCAAUCUUUGAUGGAUUGUCCAAGCCUUCUAACUGGAGAAACAAAGCAGCAGUCGAUUAGUUCAUUCUUCAACAUCCAAUACUACAAGUAUUCAUUGAGUGAGAAAUAGCAGACAAGUAUUCUGGGUAAAUGAAGAAAUGAAAAAAUCGGAUAUUUGUCAAUUUAUUUUUGGUCAAAUGAUUCUGUUCUGCCUUGUAGUUAAUGCCUAGAAGAAAAUGAGCUGGGAGUUGGAGAGCCAAAAGCUUCCAGUUCAUUUCUCAGUUGAGUUAGAGGGUUGCAUAAAUGCAUCAUGGAAGCUAGAUAAAGAAUUGUAUAUUUACAUUGUGAGAGAGAAAACGAAUUCGGUAUACAUGUAUUUACUCGUGAGAAACAGUUUCUUUGAAAUUGUGAUUAAUAAAUAAUUUUAGUCUGCUUUC